AUGUAUGACGAAGAGUUCAAGGCCAUGUCAGCGGAGCUUGCAUGGGAAUCGAAAAACCAUGUUGCGACCGUCGUCGGUGCCAGGAGACCCAUAACAGAGAAACAGCACUACACGAACCCACAGUUUGAGAUUCUUGAUGCGUUUCGCCCUGUUUUCGGUCGGCGAGCAACAUGUGAUGCAUGCAAAGAAAUCAUCAGACCCAGCACACCCAAGAGAUACCAACUUGGACAAUAUGACGACCACAACAAGAGGAACCAGUUAAAUUUAUCCCGGUCAUCAGUAGAGUUCGUCGUCGUUGGGCAGAGAGCGGAAAAGAGGAGUGAGGACAGGCGGCCGAGAUGUCACCUGGGCUUUACUGAGGUUCAAUUGGGACAGCAUGAGGACUGCCACGAGAAGAGCUGGCUUGUCUUGGUCAUCAGUGGAGUUUAUGACUCCGUCGGCGGGCAAAGAGCGGAAAAGAAAGGCGAGGACAGGCGACUGAGAUGUAACCUGGGCUUUGAUGAGGUUCAAUCGCUUCCGAGUCAUCCGUCUGAGUCAUUGUUGUGA